UCCACAUCCUUCCCCACCAUUCCUGUGGCCUGGCUAAUGAGGGCCUGUCAACCUGCCCAAGGGCUGAGUCACCCACACCGGCAGGUCUCCUCUCUUCCUUCCCAACAAUUGCUCCGAAAGUUGCCUUUCAAUUAACACUAGCUCCCUGGGCUCUUCCCAGAGACAUCUGGGGCUAAAGCGCCAGGAUGGCCUACUGGGGUCACAGUGGAGCUUUGACUAGAAAGGAAGUAACCUGGUGACACACCAAGCAGGGCUGUCCCCAGACCAGUCCCCAGAGGAAUCUGAAGCGUCCUGCUGCCCUGGGGUGUUGGUCCCAGCUGCCCCAAUCUCAGCCGGCUGAUGGUGCAAUUAGCUCAGAGUAUGAAACCAGCUUCCCACCUGACUGAGUCAGCUGAAAACAAAACACAUCUCUACCACACGCGGCAGGCACAGACAGCCAAGCCACUAAUCAGUCCCCAGAUGCUGGCAGAGAGAGCACAGCCCUCCACUGCCAGGAGAUCGGCACAUGCCAGGAAUCACCAGCUGCCGGCUGCCUGCCUGCCAGUAGGACUGCUGCUCCCCUGUGGAGGUCCAACCCUGCCCACCAGCCCUCAGCCUUGUUCUGCUCCGUGGGAACUCCCAGCACUCUGAUCUCCCGGACAAAAUCUCCCCCCUGCUAGUCUUGUGUCACCAUCCAAGAUACAAGACAAGGGACCACGCUGAGGAGAAACCCACAGCUUCUGCUUCUAGCCCUUGAGGGGUGUCUCCCCGCUUCCUGGCCUCCAGCACUCUAGCAAAUGGUCACAAGCUGCUGCUGAGCCCCUCUGUGGGAUUUCUCAGAUGCCAGAUCUGCUGGCUGACUGAGGAGCUCCAUGGAGACUUGGCGGACAGGCUCCUUCCGCAAUUCCUCCUUCUUCAAGAGAAUGACCCUGGGGCGGCCUCGGCGACUGCGGCGACAGGGCAGCAUACUUAGCCAGGCCAGCACUGCUGGUGGUGACCACGAGGAGUACAGCAACCGAGAAGUCAUCCGGGAACUUCAAGGGAGGCCAGACGGCCGGCGUCUGCCCUUGUGGGGAGAUGAGCAGCCCCGAGCCACCCUGCUGGCCCCACCCAAGCCCCCGCGUCUCUACCGAGAGAGCUCCAGUUGCCCCAACAUUCUGGAGCCCCCAGCAAACUACACCACUGCCUACUCGGCCACUCUGCCUUCAGCAAUCUCCCUGACAGGCCCCCUCCACCGAUGCUCAGAUGAGGACCUUUUGGACACUCCCCCUUUCCCAAGGACACCUACUCCAGACCUCAAUGACCCUUUCUUUUCCUUCAAAGUGGAUCUGGGGAUUUCACUUCUGGAGGAAGUCCUACAGAUGCUAAGGGAGCAAUUCCCUAAUGAGCCCCACUUCUGACCCCCCCCCAGAGGGCAGAGGGAACUGGGGUGACUGGAGCCUGGGGUGCCUAGGAGAGAAAGGCACAGUGUGGAUUAAGGGGGAGUUCAGCCUGCCCUCUGGCUGCUGAUCAGUCCUCCUAUGCACCCAGAGUGAAGGGACAGAAGCCAGCUGGGAAUGGAUGGGGUCACUUUCUGGAAGGAGCCCUGAAGGAAGCUGGGCGGUCAGGAAAAGAAAGCCACACCUGCAACCACAGGAACCGGUCAGAGGUCAGUGGAGACACAGGGUGGCAUGGGGCAAGUCAGAGAGUAGGACUCAGACUGGGCAGGACAGACAGUGCCUGGCACCAGCCUCUGAAUCCACUGUCAACAGAGCAAUCAUGAGACUCAUCUAGGAAGAAGUAAUCUGACUGAGAUUAAGAGGAAAGCGGGAGGCCAGAGAGGCCAGAGAUAGACAGUAGCCACUCACUCACUCCUUAUGACUGAUUUAAUUGAAGUAAAAGAAAAUUGAAAGUUCAGUCCCAGAGGCUAGAGAAAUGGCUCAGUGGAUACGGUGCUUGCUGUGCGAGCAGGAGGGCCUGAGUUCAGACCUCCAGUGCCCACAUAAAAAAGCUGUGCAGGUGAGCCAGCCUGUCUGGAAUUCCAGCGUGCAGGAUGCAGGCACCAGGGAUCCCAGGCACAGGCUGGCUGGUUAGACUAGUCAGAUUUGCAGACUCCAGGUCCAGCAAGAGCCCCUUCGUCAGAAAGGAGAGCACUUGAGGAAGAUACCUGACAUCACCCUUUGGCCUCCACUUGCAUGCCCAUACUCGCGCGCACGCGCACAAAAAAAAAAAAAAAAAAAAAAAAAAAACA